AUGCUGAUUCGGAUCCGGACGCCCGAGAACGAAACCAUCAGGCUGCAGGUUGAUUCGAGCACAAAUUUCUCAGACCUCCUCGCGCAGGCGGCGGCCGCGGCUUCGUGCUCUCUCGAUGCGGCAAGUCUCUCCCUGAACGGGACGGAUGCAAUUGUGGCAGUUUCGAACGCGUCUGUGGCUGAGGCGGGACUGGCGCAAGGAAACUUGAUUUACCUGCUCGUUCGUGCCGAGGGUGACGAGACGGCGACUCCGAGUCCUAGCGACACCCGUCAGGCGCCACCAAUCGCCGCCCUGCCGCCGUCACCAAUCAAGGCUCAAGGAGAGGCCUCUGGUACGGGGGACGAGACGGUGACUCCGAGUCCUAGCGACAUUGCGCCACCCGUCGCCGCCCUGCCGCCGCCAAUCCGAGAGGCCUCUGGGACGAUUGCCGGAACAUCGGCACGCGCAGCUGCAAGGCGGCGGCUGGGCAGGCACUUGCGGCAGGACAAGGUUGCCAAGCGCCGCGGCCUCACCGUCGGCCUCACCGUCCCACAGUCACCGGCAGAGAGCGGCGGAAGCGCGGAGGAGGCCAUGCCGGACGGCGCGGUCACGGAGGCCACGCCGGACGGCGCUGUCACGGAGGCCACGCCGGACGGCGCUGUCACGGAGGCCACGCCGGACGGCGCUGUCGCGGAGCAGGCCACGCCAGACGAGGGCGUGACUGCGCCCGUGGGUGGCCCGCUGGCGGCCAUCACCCCGCCGCCGCCCCUCGCCGCCUCGUGCCGCGAGGAGGAGCUGCGCAAGGCAACGCUCAACAAGUGGAAGGUGCUGCUCUUCGGCAAGAGCUCGCCGGACAAGGGUCUCAAGCCGCUCAUGCGGAGGCUCCGGCGGCUCAAGGCGGGCGGCGC